AUGGGUUUAGAGAUCGAGUCCAUGCCCGUCAUCGACAAAUAUGGCUCAACUACUACGACAGAACAAGAGGCAGGAGACAGCGCUGCCGAAGUCGUACAGAUAAGCAAUCCUCGGUGGCUCAGUGUAUGCAUUGGGCUAUACCUAACCUCGUUCCUAUAUGGACUAGACUCUACGAUUACCGCCGACGUGCAAGGACCGAUUCUGGCUUCUCUCGGUGACUUGCCUCUGCUGCCAUGGGUAGGUACUGGGUUUCUGCUCGGCUCCGUCGCCACCACCUCGCUUUUUGGCUCCCUGUACACAAAAUUAGAGGUCAAAUGGCUGUACGUAGGCAGCAUCGUCACUUUCGAAAUCGGCAGUGCCAUUUGCGGUGCAGCUCCCAAUAUGAACGCCAUGGCUGUCGGUCGAGUCGUGGCAGGAAUAGGUGGAGCAGGCAUGUAUCUUGGAGGUAUGACCUACAUCGCCAUCUUUACGACCCCAGCCCGACGGUCACUUUACACUGCCUUGGUCAGCGCAUUCUGGGGUCUGGGCUGUCUCCUUGGACCUGUCAUCGGUGGGGCGUUUGCUCAGAGUAAAGCAACUUGGCGUUGGUCCUUCUAUAUAAACCUCGUUCUCGCAGCAGUAACUGCCCCGAUCUACAUUGUCUCGUUCCCGCGCCACGGUGCACAUUGCGACGAAAAGAUCCUGCCACGGAUUAAAGAUCUGGACUGGCUUGGCGCAUUACUCAAUGCCACAACAUACGCUCUCUUCAUAACCGCGUGCACAUAUAGUGGCGCUGAGUGGCCGUGGGGCUCGGGCUCCGUCAUCACCCUCUGGGUCAUGACUGGGGUCGUCACCAUUAUCUAUAUGCUUCAACAAUGGACUGCUUUCUUGACAACCAAAGAAGAUCGGGUCUUUCCGGUUUGGUGCCUCAAAAGUCGGUCUUUGGUUCUUUUGUACAUUGCGACUGCUGGCGGCAGUGCUGUCCUCAACUUCAACAUCUACUACCUUCCUCUCUUUUUCGAGUUCACAAAGGGAGAUGGCGCUAUCAAGGUUGCGGGUCGACUUCUGCCCUUCCUAUUCCUCAUGAUAUUUUCUGCCCUUCUAUCAGGGGCUCUUUUGCCCAAACUCAACCUUUACGCCGCUUGGUACGUCAUUUCCGGCAUACUAGCCUUGGUUGGGAGUGUACUCAUGUUCUUAAUCUCCACUACAACCCCUCCGGGAAAUAUUUAUGGAUUUGAGGUAUUGGUUGGGGCUGGAUGUGGUCUGUCGCUAUGGGUUGCUUACUCGAUUGCCCUUGUUAAAUCCCCGGCCGAUAAGGUAACAUCGGCCCUCGGCUUCAUCAACGUAGCACAACUAGGUGGUGGAGCUUUGGCAUUAGCUAUAGCAGGGACAAUCUUUCAGAACGUCGGUUUCGAUAACUUGCAAAGCGCCCUCGAUGGGAAGGGGUAUUCCUCCAGUGAGAUUCGUGCAGCACUUGCCGGUGGAUACUCCUCUAUCAUCAGCGACAGCACUCCUGAGGUACGUGCUAUCGCAUCAGAUGCUAUCGGCAGAACUAUAGCCCAUACCUAUGGCAUAUCAAUCUCAGGGGCUGCUACGGUAUUGGUAGUAGGGCUUUUGAUGCGGUGGGAGAAGGUGAAAAUGGUCUGA